CCAGCAAAGAUGGUGAUGGCGAUUCGACAAGUGCUUUAUCCAUCUCUUUCGUAACAGGGUUCUAGCAGAAGAUCACUUGAGUUAAUAGGCAAAUCCCCUGCCCGGUGGUUUCGUAUGGAGACUCGACAGAUGGGCGAGCUUCAGUCCAAGCGAUACGGGAGUCAAGCCAUCUGUGACUGGGUCCCUCAGUCUCCUGGAACGGAGAAAAAACAAACUACUGCUUUAUUGGCUAUGGAGGUUUCCAGUUCAUGUCAGGAGUUUAUUGAUGUUCAUUCCAGUAAAUUAUGGACCUCAUUAUACACAGUUUUGUAAGAAUUACCCAGAUGUAUUUGGUUGACUUUAGUUUUGUUUUACUCACUAUGCAAUACGUGUUGUAUGUCAUGCUGUAGUCUAAUGACAGUCUUGGACAUGACAAAUCAAAGUGCUUUUAGAUAAAUGACCCAUGCUAUUAUCACCACCUCAUCUCCAGAGGAAGCUCGUGUUCCUGCUGCACAGCGUUCAUGUUCCUGACGCUAAGCGCAUGAUAAUGCACCUAAUUCUUCCCUCCGUUUCCUGUAGGCUUAUACUGACAUCUGCACCCUGUCCACUCUCAUACUGUAUGCCAUCUCAUCGGGGACUGGGAGUAAUGUCUGAGAUUAACCACUUAUCAUUGGAAUGCACUGAGAGUCCAUUCAGUGCCAUUGCAUUAAUUAAAACAGCCCCUAAAGCAAGGGAUAGGCCAUAGCUUUAUUAGCUCUUUUAGGUCCUAAUAAGGUGUCUCCACAGCCGAGUGGUAAUGCAAAAAAAAGACUCCUGAAGCCAAUCUUUUCCAUUUUACUAAAACAUUGUCACAGCCCCAUUACGUCUACUGAAAGCAUCCAGUCCUCACACUCUUAGGUUUUGAUUCAUGUUGUCCUGUUGUCUCACUGCAGCUGAUUGCUUAUCUUCCUUUUACGUAGUGCAUUAGCAUACAGGUCAUGUCCCCUCCAUAGCAAUCAGCCAUGAGUCACAGGGAGGACCUGGAGGAGGCGGGGCCUAAGGUCCUGCCCCCUCAGCGCAACCGGCAGCCAAAGGGGGUGACCAUAGAGGGAGGCCGGCCCAAGUGGAGGCCGUGCCAGCUAAACAGCCAGGAUGCCCAGGGAGAUGGCCAUCAUCAUCAUCAUCAUCAUCACCACCACCACCACCACCACCACCAGCAGUCUCACCAUCACGAACAGCAGGCGGGGUCUGGCCAUGCACCAAUGCGCCGCAGCAGAAGACAUGCCCCCGGCCAGAGCCAGCACAGGGUGAGUGACGGCAGAGAAGUCCAGCCACGGCCGGGCCUGCCACUUCGCCCAGGGAUAGCGAGGUAUCGGCGGAGCGGUGAGAGAGGCCAUCAGCACAGGGAUAGGCAGCAAGAUGGAGUGGGUUAUGGAAAUACAGCAGGGGAGCAGCCCCUUUAUCAGACCGAUCAGGCCACAGGCGCUGUGUCCGCUGAAGAGUCUUUGCAGGAGCUGCUGACCCACCGCUCGCAGGAGGAGCUGACUCCAUCCCUAAAGGAAGCAGCAGAGCAGGAUGGAGGCAGCCCAAGCCUUCAGUGGUCCUCCAGCACUGAGAGCAGUCUCCACGCACACUUGGAACAGACGGAGAACCUGCAGCCAAAGCGGGAGCAGAUGGAAGAGAACGAGGGAGGCAGAGAUGAAUGCGAGGCGGAUAGGUAUGAAAAGGACAAGGAAGGACACCAGGAUCGCAUGUCAAGUAGUGCUUGUUUGAAAGGGAGCAUGCACUCCCACGGCCGGAGGGCGGGGCCUAUAAGGAUGGAUGUCCCCCCCUGUGCUGUGAGCCCACCGCCCCCACUCUCAGUUGAUCAUAACCAGCCUCAGGCUUUCUCCGGACCUCUCAGGGGUUACAGCUUGGAGCCAAAACCUGCCCAAUUCAGCUCGACUGGCUAUGCACCCCUGAGCACAGGGCCAAGGCCAGAGUGUCAAGCUUGUACUCAAUCCUGUGAAGAACCUGUCUCAGACUCCAGUCCAGAAGCCUUCUCUGUCUCCUGCGCACAACUGAGCUCUGAAUCCUGUGCCAAACCCUUCCGAACCAUUCUGAUUGAAGCCCAUGGGGACGCGCACGGUGGGCCCUUUGCUGGGCAACACCACAAGGGAUCUGAAGAGCAGCAGAGCUUUGAGAAGAGCCUGGAUGUGCCUAGCAGCCAGCCUAUGCCCCAGUCAGGGCAGCAUAUCGAGCCCAGACAGCAGGCGUCUGUCAGCUCCAGACUAAACAAAGCUGGCUGCCCAGAGAGAUGCACUGCUAAGUAUGGGAAUCGCACAAGCUCCAGUGACAGCUUUUAUCAGGAAGCUCAAGAGCUCUGUGAUGAGUGUCCCGAUGCCGGUCCCCCUUCCCCUGGCUCGCACGGAGGACAGGCACUGGAGAGCAGCUGUGCAGAGGCUCCGCCACCAUCUGCGAGGGUUUCUGGGGAUGCCAUCUCUCUGGCUAUACGGGACAUCAAGGAGGCCAUAGAGGAAGUGAAGACGAAGGCCGUGCGCUCGCCCUACACACCCGACCCCCCCACAGAGCCGGUGUGGGUAAUGAGAGAAGACGUGAGCCUGGCAGAGGACUGCCCUCUGCAGGGACACCCACAGACUCCUCCUCAAGGUUCUGCUCCUCACUGCAUGGCUGCCGGUCCAGAUGCAAUAGCACCUCUAGGAGCAGAAUCUUCCAGAACACAGGAAUUUCAAGACGAAGAUGUCACUCUCAGCUUACCUCCUGCUGAAGAGCUUAGAAGAAAUUUUGCUGCCUUCCCUACAUAUGUUGAUGUUGCAGGGCCAUGUGAUCCUGAGGAUCUAAUCGAUGGCAUCAUCUUUGCUGCCAGUUACCUGGGCUCCACCCAACUGCUGUCAGAACGCAUGCCCUCCAAGAGUGGCCGCAUGCGCCAGGCCCAAGAGGCUACGAGCCGUGUGAGGCAGGGCACAGAGGGUGAAGCACCUUCAUCUGCCACUGAGGUGGACCUCUUCCUGUCAAUCCAGAGGAUUAAAGUGCUCAAUGCUGACACACAGGAGAUUAUGAUGGACCAUCCUCUGAGGACCAUCUCGUACAUCGCAGACAUCGGGAACACCGUAGUGCUCAUGGCCCGGGGCAAAAUGAUCCGCUCACGCAGCACCCAGGACCAGCUGGGCUCGGCAGACUCACAUCUGCCCGGCCCUGCGCGGGACGAGCACCCCCAGUACAGGAUGGUCUGCAAUGUGUUUGAGUCGGAGGACGCUCAGCUGAUAGCACAGUCCAUUGGCCAAGCCUUCAGCGUAGCGUAUCAGGAGUUUCUUCGGGCAAACGGUAUUGACCCAGACGACCUGAGCCAGAGAGAGUACAGUGACAUUCUAAGCAGUCAGGACAUGUACAAUGAUGAUCUCAUCCACUUUUCCAAGUCCGAGAACUGCAGGGAUGUGCACAUAGAGAAGCAGAAGGGGGAAAUUCUUGGUGUGGUCAUCGUGGAGUCUGGCUGGGGUUCCAUCUUGCCCACUGUCAUCAUCGCGAGCCUAAUGCAUUCUGGACCGGCCGCAAAGUCGGGUCGGCUUAACAUCGGAGACCAGAUCAUGACGGUGAACAGCACCAGUCUGGUGGGCCUGCCCCUCUCCACCUGCCAGAGUAUCAUUAAAGGGCUGAAAUCUCAAUCCAGGAUCAAAAUGAACAUUGUUAGAUGUCCUCCUGUCACCAUGGUCCUCAUCCGCAGACCAGACCUCCGCUACCAGCUUGGCUUCAGUGUACAGAAUGGCAUUAUUUGCAGUCUCAUGAGAGGCGGUAUAGCUGAGAGAGGCGGAGUCAGAGUGGGUCAUCGCAUCAUUGAUAUCAAUGGACAGAGUGUUGUGGCCACAGCCCAUGAGAAGAUUGUUCAUAUACUUUCAAAUGCAGUUGGAGAGAUCCAUAUGAAGACCAUGCCUGGUGCUAUGUACCGCCUGCUGACUGCCCAGGAGCAACCCAUCUACAUCUGACCCACCCAGGAUCAGCUCAAUGACAUCUGACCUGCCCUGAGAUCUGGCAUCUCAUGCGCACCUAUGUUAAUUCAAUUGAAUCUUCAUGUGAUUGUUUACAUAUUUAUAACACUGGAUGUACAUCUUUUUCUCAGAGCCUUUUAACUUGCCUUAAGCUGUAAGGGAUAUGACUGACAGCUGCACAUGGUCUUGAAAGAAUAACUCACCCAGAAGUGCUAGGGUUGGUGAAGGAACUGUGUAGAAGCUCAAAUAAUCUUGUUUGCUCACUGGUGAGCCCUUCAUGUCACAUAGCUAAAAAUCAGUUUGCUUUAUUUGGACCAGAAAUAUUUGUUUGAUGAAUAUUUCACUGAAAUGCCCACACAGCAUCCAUCUUCAGUGUCAGAAGUGGGUAGGAUACUCACAACACACAGGGAAAACCACAAAGGCUGAUACUGCAAUACGAUUCACAAACGAGUGGCCUAGAUGAAGUAAGAGAGUCAAGGAACUCUUUGCAUUCAAAUCCUUGACAUAUUAUUAUGAUCUAUGGAUUUCACUACAAUUUCAAAACCUUGUCUGCAACAUUGGAAUUUUUACUUUGAGGAAAGACCUGGGUCAUGUUCACCUGAGUACCAAAGAAUGCCGUGUGGUACCACGUGGUAAUCUCUACUUAAAUUACCACUGGACCUGAACUACUACUACUAUGGAGACCAUCAGCAUUGUAAUACAGUAAAAACUAUAGGGUACCAAAUGUUAAUGUUGAGCACAGGUGUAAUGUAUUAAGAAGCAAGAACAUCCAUGCUAUUCCUGAUAGUAAAGGAAAAAGAAUUAA